UGCAAAAUACUUAAGUAUCACCAUCUCUGCAGACCUGAAAUGGAACACCCACAUCCAACAAACCGCCGCUAAAGCAAAUAAAUCCUUAUGCUUCAUGUUGUGAAAAUCCAUGGAUGGUACCAGCGGGAUUCGAACCUUCAAUCUCGGGAUCUAAAGGCAGCUCUCUAACCAAUGAGCCAAAGAAGAUCUUCCCUAACUCAACUAGUUAGGCUACCUUUAUAUCUCCAGAUGGCUCUUAAUUUUGAGAAGUUACUGAAUGAUGCCAAGAUUUUAGUAACUCGGUUGAAGACACAUGACAGCUCAGCAGAUGUCAUCAUUGCUCAGACACAGACUCUUCACAACAGAAUAGACUCAAUGAAACAGUAUCAAGAUGACAUCAACGAACUGAAUGAGAUUGCUCGACACAGACCACGUUCUACAUUAGUGUUAGGAAUAGCACAAGAAAAUCGUCAGAUCAGAGAACUUCAACAAGAGAACAAAGAACUAUGUCUAUCACUAGAAGAACAUCAGUCAGCAUUAGAACUUAUCAUGCAGAAAUAUCGGGAACAAAUAAUGAAACUGAUACAAAGUAACAGAGUAGAAAAAUCAAUUAAAACAAGACAGGACCAGAAAAAUAGGGAAAUUGAAGAACUUAUUGACAAAAUUAGUGAAAUGGCUGCAGUAAUGCAGAAAGCUGCUUCUGUCGAUGAUCAGCUGUCUGCCCACGAUCAUGAAAAACUCACUCAACUACAGCUAGAAAAUAAUGGAUUACGAGAAAUAUUAGAAGUAUGCACAACAGCAAAGCAAAAAAUUCUGGACAAUGUCAAGGCCAUAGAUUCAGAUGAUAAAUCAGCCCAAACAGACACUUCUGAUCAAAGUUUUGAAAGCUUGGAUAGCCAAGGAGAAAAUGAGCAAGUCAAUAAAGCAGCAGAAAAUGAUUAAUAUAUUAAAUUUAGAACUAAAAGAAAAGAGACCGACAUUUGUGUCAUCACAUGUGAUGAUUUUGUAUUAAUGAUAUUUAUGUAAGCAUACAUUUAGUAACAAGAGAUAUCAGCUGUUUUGUGUAACUUUAUUAACAAAAGAUAUCAGCUGUUUUAAACUGAUAUUGUACAUAGAUAAGUUAUUGGAAAAGAUUUGAGGUUUGGAGUGGAUGCUUAUACAUGUAUCAACAUAUAACUCAAAAAAGAAACUUUAUCAUCAUAUGCUAUAACUUUCAUUUGCAUAGAAUUGUGAGUAUGUUGAAGGAAGUUCUAUACCUUAUAAAAAUAAAAGAAAUCCAACUAGAA